CAUUUGUCGAGUUGAGAUGAGGCGUACGCAACAGUUGUGGUUUGGUUUGGUGCACAAUGGCCAUGAAUAUGUUCACACGUACCAGCUGCUGGGAUCUGGGAACGAAAUCAGCACUUUAAAAGAUUUAGAUCUUGAAGCAGGGGAGCUGGAGGGGAAGUGGAAACCUCAUUUUUUGGUUUAAAUGCAUUGUGUGAAGGAGCCUCACGAGCCGUGUGACUGUAAACUGUGGCAAAGAUGGACUGAGCUGAUCAGCACUAAUGGAGAUG